AUGACUUUCAAUGAACCGAGAGUGGUUGCUGCUCUUGGUUUUGACAAUGGCAUCAACCCUCCUAAUAGAUGUUCAAAGAAAUUUGGAAAUUGCACUGAUGGAAACUCUGCCACCGAGCCUUAUAUUGCAGCACAUCAUUUGAUUUUAAGUCAUGCUGAAGCCGUUAAGAGAUAUCAUGAAAAAUAUCAAGCUAAACAAAAUGGAAGAAUAGGUAUUUUCUUGGAUUUUGUUUGGUACGAACCUCUAACAAGAUCUAAAGCUGACAAUUAUGCUGCACAACGAGCAAGAGACUUUCAUAUUGGAUGGUUUUUGCACCCUCUAGUUUAUGGAAAAUAUCCAAGGACAAUGCAGAAAAUUGUAAGAGAAAGGCUUCCAAAAUUCACCAAAAGUGAAGUGGAGAAAGUGAAAAACUCAUUUGAUGUUCUUUGUCUGAACCAUUAUACUUCGUACUACAUAUACGAACCGCAUCAACCUCCAUCUAAUGUGACUGGUUAUCAACAAGAUUGGAAUGCUGGGUUUGCUUAUGAACGCAAUGGUGUGCCAAUCGGUCGCCGGGCCCACUCCGAAUGGUUAUAUGAAGUUCCAUGGGGUAUGUACAAAGCGGUAACAUAUGUAAAAAAACGUUAUGGAAGCCCUAAUAUAAUUCUCUCCGAAAAUGGUGAGACCACAAAUAUUUCAACUCUAAUAUAAUUUUUUUGUUUGUCCAGUUUU